AUGGGUUCUGUAAUGAGCUUGAGCUGUUCCAAGAGGAAAGCGACUAGUCAGAACGAGGAAUUGGUAAGCGAACCUCGGAAAAGGCGAAAAACAUGUUCACCGGAUGAUGAAGAUAACUGCAGAUUGAUUCCUAGUCUUCCGGAUGAGUUAUCUAUUCAGAUUCUUGCUAGGCUCCCUAGAGUAUGUUACUCUAGUGUUCGGUUGGUUUCUCGGAGGUGGAAUUCAGCUGUAUCGACCACUGAGGUGUAUACUUUGAGGAAAGAGCUCGGGAGGACCGAGGAAUGGCUCUAUGUGCUGACUAAAGGUCAAGAGGAUAAGCUUUUAUGGUAUGCUUUAGAUCCUGUUUCUACGAAAUGGCAGAGAUUGCCUCCAAUGCCGGUUAUUGUUUACGAAGAGGAAUCUAAGAAGAGUUUAUCUGGUUUGUGGAAUAUUGUUAGCCCGAGUAUUAGAGUUGUUGAGAUUGUGAGGAGCUUGCUCGGUAGGAAGGAUGUCUCUGAGCAAAUGCCGUUUUGUGGUUGCGCUAUUGGCGCUGUUGAUGGGUGCCUUUAUGUCCUUGGCGGGCUCUCGAGGUCUAAAACCGUGAGCUGUGUUUGGCGGUUUGAUCCGAUUUUUAAUUCUUGGAGUGAAGUGAGUUCUAUGUUGGCGAGCCGCGCGUAUUCCAAAACAGGCGUGUUGAAUAAAAAACUGUAUGUUGUGGGAGGGGUUGAUCGUAGACGGGGAGGUUUAUCUCCGCUUCAAACAGCUGAGGUUUACGAUCCAAACACGGAUACUUGGUCAGAAGUUCCGAGCAUGCCUUUCUCAAAGGCGCAAGUGUUGCCAAAUGCGUUUUUGGCUGACUUAUUAAAGCCUAUUGCCACGGGAAUGACUUGCUACAAUGGUAGGUUAUGUGUUCCUCAGAGUUUAUACUCUUGGCCUUUCUUUGUUGAUGUUGGAGGAGAGGUGUAUGACCCUGCGACAAAUCUCUGGGUUGAAAUGCCGUCUGGUAUGGGUGAAGGCUGGCCAGCGAGGCAAGCAGGUACUAAACUGAGUGUCGUGGUGGAUGGUGAGUUAUACGCUUUUGAUCCUUCUUCUUCGAUGGAGAAUGGUAAGAUCAAAGUAUAUGAUCAAAAGGAAGAUACAUGGAAGGUUGUUAUCGGGGAAGUCCCUGUUUACGACUUAACAGAUUCAGAAUCUCCUUAUUUACUUGCUGGGUUUCACGGAAAGCUUCAUUUCAUUACUAGAGACCCUAAUCAUAACGUUACAGUCUUACGAGCUGAUGUCCCGGAGAUCCCAAUCUCAUCAUCAUCUAGCUCCAGUUCUGCUCCGGUUUCAUACUCUUCGAGUGAAAAGACCAAUGUACCAAACAAGUCAGACACUGUUAUCUGGAAAGUUAUUGCAUCCAAGGACUUUGGUGCUGCGGAACUGGUUAGCUGCCAAGUUAUAGAUAUAUAG